GACAGGGUUUCAAUAUGUUGGCCAGGCUGGUCUCGAACUCCUGGCCUCCAGUGAUCCGCUAACCUUGGCCUCCCAAAGUGCUGGGAUUACAGGCAUGAGCCACCAUGCCCAGCCCAGACUGGGGUUCCCUGACUUAGCAAAGGGUUGGGCAAAAAGAUGUGGAGACCCCCUCGCCCCAACCGAAUCCCAUCAUUAGCUCUAAAAUCAACAGCCCCAAGGGAGUAGAGGAGGUCUGCUUAGAGAUCCUGGUUCCUUCCAUUUCCUUGAGGUCCGAACCAAAGUCAGAGCUGAAGUUUCAGCUAAAAUUGAAGCCAGGGCUAUUUGCAGAGGCUGCCGCCCUGGUGCGUCCGCUGGUGCUGGCCCAGGUUGGAGCUUUGCGCUAUGGCCUUGCCACACUGCAGGCAGACGCAGGGCUUCUCGCUGCUGUGGGCCGUCUAGUGGAUGGGCAGGUGGGAGCUCUGGCCGAAGCUCUGGCCACACUCACCACCAAGCAUCAGGUUUCCGGACUUUAUGACUGUGCUGGUGCCGCAGCAGAUUCCAACUGUGCACAAAACUCUUAACUACAAACAAGGCACUUAGAGGCCUUCUCACCCAUGUGGAGCGCAGGUGCUGCAACAGGUUGGAGCUAAGGCUGAGACUCUUGCCGCAGUCCCCUCAGCGAUAAGGCUUUUAGCGGUGUGUGCGCGCUGGUGCUGGAUCAGGUUGGAGCUGAUGCUGAAAGCCUUACCACACCAGGCACAAGUAUAGGGCUGAAGCGAUGGUCACACUCGGGGCAGGAGUACGGCUUUUCAUCGGUGCAUACCCAGUGGCGCUUAACCAGAUCAGAGCCGCAUCGGAAGCUUCUGCCAUAACCCGGACAACGGUAAGGCUUGUCACCAGAGUGGCUGCCUUGGUGGUGAAUGAAGCCGGGGAGGCAGGCUGUGGUCAGCCCACACUUCCGGCACUCGCAGGUUUUGGGGCUUGUAGACGGUUGCUCUUGGCAGUCUUCUUCCUCCGCAGGGCUAGAGCCUGACCAUUUUCCGGGCGGGCAGCUGCCCCGGCCACACCAGGAAGGGCUGCUCAGACGGAGCCACCUCGCAAUCCAGGGGUGACCUCGGGGCUCCCCGGGAUGCGAAUGUCCCGCUCCCCCGCCGCCCCGCCCCGUCCGGAUUCUCCCUCGCCUCUUCUGGCGCGGCCGACUGCACUGCGGGUGAAGAACGCCCCGUUUCCUAGAUGCCAGCUCCUGAGCUCACGAGCACGUCCAGAGCGGAGGACACUCGGGACACCGGGGUCCAGCUCCGGAAACGGAAAAUUCCACAAGCCCGUCACUCUAGGAAGCGGCAGCGAACGUUCUCCGUAGGUUUAACCCUCUUCUUCCUCUGACCGAGCGAGGGCUCCCCAUCUGCGGCGCGGUCAGGACCCCGCACUUUCGGCCUGGCUAGGGGUUCUCGGAGUCCGUCCCGAGGACGGGCCGCACCACCGCUGGGGGGCAGCGAAGCGAGCCUAGAGGAGGAAAGGCGGUCCCCGCCGAGUGCACGCCGGGGGCGGAGCACGGCACGAAGGCUCCGUGGUCGGGCGUCUGGGCUGUUCGGAGGCCCCGGUCCACCUGGAGGGCCCUGGAAGAGUUUCCAGCGCUUCCCGAGUUCCGCUCCCUGGGAUCAGCGGCGAGAAGCGGGGCGGAGUCUGAGGCCCGAGCCAAGAUGGCGGCUGCGAAGCCAACCCUCACGGACUCGCUCUCGUUCUGCCUCGCGCAGCUCGCGGCGGCGGCCGGGGAGGCUCUGGGUGGGGAAAAGGACCCAGCGACCAACGAGACACCCCUGAGCCGCGCGCUCCUAGCCCUCCGCACGCGCCACAUCAAGGCAGCGGGGGGAAUAGAGCGCUUCCGGGCACGCGGCGGGCUCCGCCCCCUACUCGCGCUGCUACGGCGAGCGGCUGCAGCGGGUUCCGCCCCGUCCCAGGCAGGCCCCGGCUCCGCCCCCUCGUCGGCCGCGUCGGCAGCUUCUAGCCCCGCCCCCGAGUCGGGCCCCGCCCCCUCCGCUGUGUCGUCGUCUAUUCCUACGCCGCCAGUGCGCCUGCGCAAGACGCUGGACUUGGCGCUCAGCAUCCUAGCCGAUUGCUGUACGGAAGGGGCGUGCCGGUCCGAAGUGCGCAGACUCGGAGGCAUACUCCCUUUGGUGACCAUUCUUCAGUGCAUGAAGACAGACAGCAUCCAGAACCGAACGGCCCGUGCCCUGGGGAACUUAGCCAUGGAACCUGAGAGCUGUGGGGACAUCCACUGUGCUGGUGCUGUUCCCCUGCUUGUGGAGAGCCUGACAGCCUGCCAGGACUCGCAGUGCCUACAGAGCGUGGUGCGUGCCCUCCGUAACCUGGCAGACUCACCCCAGCACCGCCUGGCCCUGGCACAGCAGGGAGCAGUGCGCCCGCUGGCCGAGCUCCUGGCCACUGCCCCAGAUGCUGCACUGACCUUAGCCCUCGUCCGUGCCCUCCUAGAACUCAGCCGAGGCUGCUCCCGGGCCUGUGCUGAGCAGCUAAGUCUGGGUGGGGGAUUGGGCCCACUCGUCAGCCUGGCUUCCCACCCCAAGCGGGCAGUACGCGAGGGAACCAUUCUGAUCCUCGCCAACCUGUGUGCCCAGGGCCUGAUUCGGCCUGCACUGGGCAAUGCUGGUGGCGUGGAGGUGCUGGUAGAUGAGCUCCGGCAGCGCCGGGGUCCUAAUGGAGCUAGCCCAACCUCCCAGCAGCCCCUGGUGCGGGCUGUGUGUCUCCUGUGUCGUGAGGCCAUCAACCGGGCCCGACUGCGGGAUGCUGGUGGCUUGGAUCUACUGAUGGGCCUGCUGCGGGACCCUCGUGCAAGCGCAUGGCACCCUCGUAUUGUGGCUGCCCUUGUGGGGUUUCUGUAUGACACUGGGGCCCUGGGCCGGCUGCAGGCUCUGGGACUUGUGCCUCUCCUGGCUGGGCAGCUGUGUGGUGAGGCUGGUGAGGAGGAAGAAGAGGGAAGAGAAGCUGCUUCCUGGGACUUCCCUGAGGAGAGGACCCCUGAGCGGGCACAGGGUGGAAGCUUCCGGAGCCUCAGGUCGUGGCUGAUCUCCGAGGGCUAUGCCACGGGCCCUGAUGACAUCUCCCCCGACUGGUCUCCUGAGCAGUGUCCGCCGGAGCCCAUGGAGCCGGCCAGCCCCGCCCCCACCCCGACCUCGCUGCGGGCACCACGCACCCAACGCACUCCGGGCCGCAGCCCCGCCGCCGCCAUCGAGGAGCCUUGGGGACGCGAAGGGCCAGCCCUGCUGCUGCUGUCGCGCUUUUCCCAGGCCCCUGACCCAAGUGGGGCACUCGUGACCGGCCCGGCGCUGUACGGCCUGCUGACCUAUGUGACCGGCGCACCGGGCCCGCCCAGCCCACGUGCACUGCGCAUCCUGUCACGCCUCACCUGCAACCCUGCCUGCCUCGAGGCCUUCGUGCGCAGUUAUGGCGCAGCGCUGCUGCGGGCCUGGCUGGUGCUGGGGGUGGCGCCUGACGAUUGGCCGGCACCACGUGCCCGGCCCACUCUCCACAGCCGGCACCGAGAGCUGGGGGAGAGGCUACUGCAGAACCUGACGGUUCAGGCCGAGUCGCCCUUCGGGGUUGGGGCCCUCACGCACCUGCUGCUCUCUGGGAGCCCUGAGGACCGAGUGGCCUGCGCGCUGACUCUGCCCUUCAUCUGUCGGAAGCCCUCUCUGUGGCGCCGGCUGCUUCUGGAGCAGGGUGGCCUCCGGCUCCUCCUUGCGGCGCUGACCCGGCCGGCCCCACACCCGCUCUUCCUCUUCUUUGCCGCGGACUCCCUUUCCUGCCUCCAAGACCUGGUGUCUCCCACUGUGAGCCCAGCUGUCCCACAGGCAGUCCCCAUGGACCUAGACUCACCCUCCCCUUGCCUGUAUGAACCUCUGCUGGGCCCAGCCCCUGUCCCAGCUCCCGACCUGCACUUCCUGCUGGACUCAGGCCUCCAGCUCCCUGCCCAGCGAGCGGCCUCAGCCACCGCCUCCCCUUUCUUCCGGGCCCUGCUGUCAGGCAGCUUUGCAGAAGCCCAGAUGGACCUGGUGCCCCUGCGAGGCCUGUCGCCCGGCGCAGCCUGGCCUGUCCUGCAUCAUUUGCAUGGUUGUCGGGGGUGUGGGGCUGCCCUGGGGCCCGUGCCCCCACCAGGCCAGCCCCUGCUGGGCUCAGAGGCUGAGGAGGCACUGGAGGCCGCUGGCCGUUUCCUACUGCCUGGGCUGGAGGAGGAGCUGGAAGAGGCUGUGGGCCGCAUCCACCUGGGACCCCAGGGUGGCCCGGAGUCAGUGGGUGAGGUGUUCCGCCUGGGCCGGCCCCGGCUGUCUGCCCACUGUGCCCGCUGGACACUGGGGUCAGAGCAGUGCCCGAGGAAGCGGGGUCUGGCCCUGGUGGGGCUUGUGGAGGCAGCAGGUGAAGAGGCAGGGCCCCUGACGGAGGCUUUGCUGGCCGUGGUGAUGGGGAUUGAGUUGGGGGCAAGGGUCCCUGCCUAGACUGUUGACGUCCCCUGGGAAGGGGACCCAAGGAUGAAUUGGCUGUGAAGGAGCCUCCCUGAGACUGGCAAGGAAGGACGCUGAGCAGAAGGAGUCGUCAUGGAGGAGUGGUGAGAACAUGGAACCGGACCCCAAGAUGACGAUCUAAAGACCCGGGAGCGAGAAGCCAAGGCUAGGGUCUGGGCGUAGGGCCCAGAGAAGCAGAACAGCCCAGAGCCCCAGGUGCCUGGCCUGGCCCAGACCUCUGGAAUUGAGAUUAAACACUUUGGAGUUGGA